AUGUCUCCUGCUACCUCGGGAGCUCUCUCUGACUAUGGAGUUAAUCUUGAUCUUACUGACGCCUUUCUCGACCGCAAACAAUUUGACUACCAUCUUUUCUACGAACUAGUCGCUUGGAGGAAACGCCACCCAAGUCCUGCGAAUAUAUUACUCAUUCUUCGACACUGUGAAGAAGGUCUCGCUGGUGUUCUUCAUGCUUAUCCAAAGCUUGGAUACAAUCUUCUUCUAGCAUGUCCGCUUUACAAUAGUCUUCGUGCUUACCCUGCGUUCGCUUCCAUAAAGACCAGAUUUCCGUGGCUAUUAUUAGCAAAGGGAGAAUAUGAAGCACACCCAAACAGAUUUGUGGGCCAAGCAGCACUGGAGGAGCUGGUGGUUGCUAUAGACCAAGCAACAUUGGAGGAUAAGGAUGGUAAUGAGGAUAAGAGAAAAGGCUCAGGGAGAGAGGAAACUGAAGAAAGGAAAAGAGCAGGAACAGACGAUGAGACACUAACUAGAGGAAAACGUGAGAGGUCUACUUCACCGUUUCAUAGGAAUAGUCGCAAGAGAAAGCUUUCACCAGAAAGAGCUUCUGCAACAAGGCAUGAUGAGGGAUCUAACGCAAGAGGGAGCGGCGAGGAACCCAAUGAAGAAGAUGCUGAAGAGGCUCUGGGAGCGAAGAAAAAGGAAGAAUCAUCGUUUGAGCUAUCAGGAAAACUUGCGGAAGAAACCAACAGAUACCGAGCAAAUAUCCUAUUGACUGCAAAUCCCGCUCUUACUCUAAGGAAUGUAGGUAUUUGCACUGCUCUUCAGUGAGCCCCCAGAGGCUAGAAAACCCAACAAAGGAUGAUACUAUCAAGUUUGGUAACAGCAGCCGAGAGUACCUACUAUUGCUCGAUGGUUCUGCAGAACGAAUCAAAUAUGUGUCAGUAGAAAGAAAAUAGCUUUUCUCUGUGAUUUAAAAGGAUAGUCGAGCAUCUUCUUUUCUACUUUACAGACAUUUUGUUAAUACUUACCAAGUAACAAACGAUCGAAUGUUAAAGAGAUAUUAGUUUCUGUCUUUUGGUUUUGUA